CUUUAAAGGCAGACAAAUAAAUAGUCCUCAUCCUCAUCUUUACGACAAGGUUGAUAAUUUCACAUUUACUCAACAGAUCCGCCUCUGGACCUGGUUACGGAGGAUGAAUGGAGAGGCUGGUGGUGGGGACGGACGCGCUGUCGUGCGAGCGUCGUUAUUAACAACAUUUUACAGGUCUGACUGGCAGACGACACGCAGGAGCGCCGAGGCGAGACCAGGACGCGGACCGUCCGUCACCGGUGGCCAGAUGAUGUUUUGAUGAUCGACCGGCUCCUUCGUAAAAUGGCCUCCUUUACCCACUUGACCGUCAGGAGACGCUGCCCUUAAAUGAUAUCGGAUGAACAUAAACAUAUCAGAGUAAACACUGACUACUUCCAUAAUCUGAAGGACAGAAGGAUAGUCACUAUGAGGGCCCUCAGUUCCUCCUUCAGCUGUGCGCUGUGCUAAUAACUGGAAGUGAAGGUGUCCUGAGGCAGCGCUAUGGGCUGCGGGGGGAGCAGGACUGAUGCUCUGGAGCCUCGCUACCUGGAGAGCUGGACCAAAGAGACGGAGUCGACGUGGCUGACGAGCACCGACACCGACAUCCCCCUGUCGUCCAUCCAGAGCAUCCCCUCUGAGAACUCUGAGGCCGGCUUCGCUUCUGAGAAAACAAUCAGCCCUGUUCCAGAUUUCUUUGAGGAUGGCCUCCCUCCUCCCGCGCAGGCGUACCUGAAGGUCUGCUCGGCCGUGUCUGAAGCCAGCCUGAACGACGUGAAGCCCAGCAGCCCGCCUGCGAUACUGGCCUCUCCGCCGCAGGACGCAGCGCCGCCUUCAUCCGGCACCACGGUGCAGCGCCGGAGUGUUCUACACACCGAGGAGAUUACAAAAUGGCAGGACAAUCGGAUGUCGACCAAGCAGGUGACCAUCACAGUGACGCAGAGCAUCCACCAGGUGGACAAAAACGGGAAGGUGAAGAAGUCCCUCACCACCUACGAGGUCAUGAAACCUGUGGAGGCUCUCAAACAGGUGGCCACACAAAACACUUGAGU